CUUGCUAACGGUAACUUCAGUCAAGAAGAAGUGCACAACCUUUGCUUUUGCAUGCACAGAAGAAGUCUCUAAAUUUUUAGUAUAUAAACACUCGCUGCUUUCGCUUGGCUGUUCUUCCAAAUUUUAGUUUUUUUAAAUGAGGAUAUAAUUCGUAAUUAGGCUGCAAUAAAUUAAAAUACUACUCUGUUGCGUCGCUGUUUAGUUUCAAGGUAUUUCGGAUCGGUAUUCUUUCUUGUGUGUUGUGCUUCAUAAAAAAGUGUGUUAUUCCGAUAACGGCUCUUAUUAUCACUAUUAUAUAUUGCCUCCAGAAAGGAAGUCUGAAAUGAUCCGUUAAUGAGAUUGGAAGUCACGUUCGUGUUCCCUGCACAUCAUCAUUAUUGUGCAUUGGCAGCAGUUGGUGGGGUGGUGGUCAUAAUAAAGCAGAGUCCUCAUUAUUCACUCAUCUCUUAAUAACUGCUGCUGAAGGAUAUACGAUAACCGGAUGAGUGCCGCGUAUCAUCACCCGUCGUCGGAGAGACAAUUGAUGACUGUUUGUUAGCGAUUAUUAGCCAUGAGCUUGCUGAUAACCUAACUUGGUAGUUGCAACGUAACUGCAUUUAAAUUAAAGUGAAACAUAACAAAAAUGGAUUUCGAUGAUGUUGGAGGUGGAGAACACAAUUUUUCUGAGGACAACUCCUCCGUAAGAGUCGCUCUAAGAAUUCGACCAUGCUUGCCUCGGGAAGUGAUCGAAGGCUGUAAAACAUGCACCACUGUGGCAGAAGGGCAUCCUCAGGUGUGGAUUGGAUCCAAUCAUGCAUUUACUUACGACUAUGUGUUUGAUCAAAAUGCGGCACAACAAUCUAUCUUCGACCAGGUUGUGCAACAGUUAAUUGAUGGUUGUCUUCAAGGUUACAAUGCCACUAUUCUGGCGUACGGACAGACGGGUUCAGGAAAGACCUACACAAUGGGGACCGGGUUUGAAUAUGAUCCGAGUGUUGAGGCCCAAGGAAUAAUUCCUCGAGCUGUGACAUAUCUUUUUAGCCAAAUCGAAAAACUGCGAAAAGAAAAAUCACAAGAUCGGGUCGACUUUACUGUUCAACUCAACUUUGUAGAGCUUUACAAUGAGGACGUAGUUGACCUUUUGAAUCAAUCUUCGAUGCGACCAUCGUCCGCUGUUCCAUCUCGUCCAGGUUCUGCUAAUGGUCCCAUUAAAAUUCAUGAAGAUACCAAUGGGUCCAUUUACUUGGUAGGAGUGCAAACAGUGAAUGUUUCCACCUGCCACGAAACACUUUCAAUUCUGCGAGAAGGAGCCCUAUCACGGACGACCGCAUCUACGAACAUGAAUGAUACAAGUUCCAGAAGCCAUGCCAUUUUUACGAUGCACGUUACUCAAACACGAGUUUCCAACAAUUUUGGGGAAGCUGAGCUCGAAACUCUUUCCGCAAAGUUUCAUUUUGUGGAUUUAGCAGGAUCAGAACGAUUAAAACGAACAUUGGCUACAGGAGAUCGCCAAAAAGAAGGAAUUUCUAUUAACUGUGGCUUGUUGGCAUUAGGUAAUGUGAUAAGUGCACUUGGUGAUAAAAAUCGAAAAGCCGGUCAUGUUCCAUAUCGAGACAGCAAACUCACGCGCCUCUUGCAAGAUUCAUUAGGUGGAAAUUCGCGUACGGUUAUGAUUGCAUGUGUUAGUCCAUCGGAUCGUGAUUUUGUGGAAACCUUAAAUACACUAAAGUAUGCCAACCGGGCACGAAAUAUCAAGAAUCGUGUCCAGAUCAACCAGGACAAGAGCUCCAGAACUAUUGCAAGUCUGCGAAGGCAAAUUGAACAUCUAGAAACUGAAUUGUUAGAAUACAAACAGGGAAAGCUUCUUGGUAGUGAUACAUUGGAGUUUAAAGACACGUAUCAAGAAAACAUGCUGUUACUGGCGGAAGUGGAAUCAUUAAAGUCUCGUUUAAAGUCGAAACAAGAAUCAAUUGACAAAUUAACAUCAACAAUCGCCAGCCAGAGGACUGAAGAAGUUCUUGGAGAAAUAUCCGGUAGCGCAAGUGCAGAUUGUGAUUUAACUAAUAUGAUUCAAAAAUAUAUCAUGGAGAUAGAAGAUUUAAGAACUAAAUUAUACGAGGCCGAACAAGAGUGCCAGAAAUUACGAUCAAAGCAACGUCAGCUAAAUACAAGUUUAUCUAGUCCACGGAGGCUUUUCAUGGAUCCUGUUAUCCCUGUUCCAAAUUCAGAUAUUUUAGAAGACGCUCGUGCUGAUAUUGAAAAUGAUAAAAAGAAGUUGGAGCAACUAUCAUCCAAGGAACGAGAUUGUCGUGAUGAGAGUGGAGAUAGCGAGAGUGAUUCCGAGGAACAAGAAAAAAUGGAAGAAAUAGUUCAGCUAUCAUCUGAAAUUAGUGUCAAGGAACGUUUGAUCGAAGAGUUAGAAAGAAGUCAAAAACACAUGGAAAAUAUGAAGCGCCACUAUGAGGAGAAACUCGACUGUCUGUUUAUGAAAAUGAAGGCAACUGAGCAGGAGAGAGACAAAGUGUUGGGUACUCUUACCAGUGGGAAGAGAUCUGCCCAAGUGAAUGCAGAUUAUGAAAAGAAGCUAUCCAAUAUGCAAUCCGAAAUUAAAAAAUGGCAAAACCUGCAAAAAGAACAUGCCGUAGCACUAAAGAAUCAGGCAAGUAGUACCAGACAAUUGGACAAGCUACGUUCUGAAGUUGACAAUUUGAAACAAACAAAAGUGAAACUAUUAAAGCAAGCUAAAGUCGAGACUGCAAGAUUCCGAGACAUCGAAUUGAAAAGGCAAAAGGAAAUAAUGUCGCUAAAGAAAGCUCAACGAGUGAAGGAUAUCAAGCUGAAAACACUAGAAAAUGAAAAGAUAAUGAAAGAUCAAGUAUUGAAACGAAAAUUGGAAGAAGUCAACUCUUUGAAACGCAUUAAUAAAUUGCAAAUGAGCAGAAAGGCCCAGGGAAAACCCAGUCGACCAGGUACCGCUGGUUCGCCCCAAAAAGCCAAAUCGAAAUGGAGUAGCUUGCAACACGAAAUUAGAAAGUCAGUUACAAUUAAAACAACGGUCUUUACGUUGGAAAAGGAGAUGCUCAACUUGAUUGAGGAGAGAACACAUACCCGUAUUAGAUUAGCAGACUUAGAAAACAUAAUUAUGAAGGAUGAAAUGAUUGAGGACGACAUUGAGAGUGUUAAAGGAAAUCUCAACUUCCUCGAGGAGCGAAUUAGUGAAAUACAAAAUCAAAUUGCAGAAAUGUCUGCUGGAAUCAUAGACGUUGAUGGAUCCGAAUUUGACGGGGACGAGAUGCAAUACAUGUUUAAAAAGAUGUUUGAAAUGAAUUUAAUGAAUCUCACUGAUUUGGAAAGAUCAGAGAGGAGAGUAGACGAUCUAGAAGAAAAUGGAAAGCAGCAAAUCAAGGAAAUUGCCUCCCUUCGCGACCUUUUACACCAUAUGAUUAAUCGUCUUCAUGCAUCACGAAGUAAUGAAGAUGACGAUGACAUUCCGGAACUUCCCCCACCUACCGCCAUCAUUGAAUUUCAAUGCCAAAAUAAUACUGGAGAAUCAUCUUCUUCUAACAUGAGCAAAUUAAGAAAAGCUCGACGUCUGACUUCCACCCCUCAAGAGUUACUUGGCAGCUUGGAAAAUGUCUCGGUUAACAAGUCAGAAUUUUUGAACCCAAACGACGUAAAGCUAGGAUUUCUUCGAGGAACCCGACAAACACAGUCUUUGAGAAUUCCAACUGUUAAUAAACGAAGGCCACAACUGCAACGCCAAGACACAUAUAACGUUGCCGAUAAAAAGUUCCACGUAGAUCCUCCAGAAAAAUUACGCUCCGAAACUAACAGAAAUGGGAAUCAUGCUGAUGUUUUUAAUACUACUUUUCUUAUAGAAAAAUCUCCUCCAGCUCCAGCCCCUUCUUCCUCCUCCCUCGCCAAAUUUACUAACAGUCCUGCUGAUAUAAAUAUUUGCGAUAAUAACACUAACCACCUGCUAAACGUUGAUAGCAAAGGAAUAAUUCGUCGUGUUUCAAACGGUGUUAAAGAUAGAGUACUUAGCCUCACUCACACCGCUGAAGGUCACACAAAACCUGUGAUUAGCAUGCAAGCAACAGAUAGUAAACUAUUUACUGGAUCCAAAGAUAGCACAGCAAAGGAAUUCGACUUACAAAGUGGGGUUGAACUAGCUACUUACUCUGGACAUCCGAAUAACGUCCAAUACGUAAAGUUUCUAGAGAGCGAAGAGACUCUUCUUACCGCAUCAAGCUAUGUUGUCAAGUUAUGGGACAUUAGGAGUGGAACAUGCCAAAAAACUUUAACGUCUAGUGGUUCAGCGGUUGAUAAGAUAUCUUUUGACUCGAGACUCCUUCCGCAAGGGGAACAUCAAAUUCAAUCUAUAGCAGUAUUGAGGAAUUAUUUAUAUACGACAUUCGAUAAUAGAAUUAGAGUGUGGGAUAGAAGACAGCUAAAUAGUUCUAUUGGAAUGCUGGCUGGGAAACACUCGUCAAAUAUUAUGUGUCUCGCUGCGUCAGAAAAUGUUCAAAUCAAUGGAGAUGUUUGUGAUAUUAUUGUAUCUGGGUCUAAAGAUCACUAUGUCAAGUUGUACCUUAUCAAACCCGACCAGUCAGUUGAGAGUGUUCAACCUCGUAAAAACUUGAAUCCUCCACACUACGACGGCAUUGAAGCUCUCUUAAUCAAGGGUUCUGAAGUCUAUUCCGGAUCGCGUGAUACUUGUAUUAAACGAUGGGACAUGGCAGAGUCUAAAAUGAUAUGCUGUAGCUCAAAUGCUCACGCGGGAUGGAUUACUGGAAUCUCCAAUCUUCCUGAUAGUUCUUUGGAUUACAUUUUAAGUUCUAGCAGGGAUGGAAGUGUUAAAAUUUGGGAUAAGGAUCUUAAGGAAGUGAUAAAAAUGGACGUCAGCAACGGAGGUCAAAAUUGCCAACAACCGUCUGGGAACUUUUCAGUUGAGAGCCUAUGUGUCAAUAGUCGUCUCGUUUUCACUGCCGGAGGUAGUACUUCAAAUAGCAAUAAUGGUGUCACAAACGGCCUUGUCAGGGAUUAUGGCGUUGGAUGUUGGGAGUUUAAGGGAAAAUAUAUCAACGAUUCUCGAAACAACAAUCAAUCAUCGCCAUCAUGAAGUCUUGAAGUAUAUCGUCGUAUCAAAUAUAUAGCGCAGCCAUCACUUGAAACCUCGAAGACUUAUUGGAAAUAUCGGUGAUUUAAAUGUAGACUGGAGUGUGGUCCAAGGUUCUCUGAUAGUCAAAUGUCAUGCAUGUUAGAUUUAGCACCAACGACGGAUUUUUUUUUCUUUUUUAAAUGUCACUAUUUAAACUGGAUGGAAGCAUUUUUUACGCACUGUCUGAUAAUUUUUGUACUGGAUGACCGCAGUAAGUAAAUAGAUAUAGCACAAAAACCUGUAUUAUGAUACUAAUGACAGUAAAACAUCUCGCGCAUUUAACACGUAAUUCUACCAAUUAUUUAUUUUGGUUGUGUCUAUUGCAAUACAAAUUAUUAUAAAUUCCGAACGGUGAAUAUCAUUCUCAUUCACAUUUUCCAUAUUUUAAUAACUUAAUCCGACAUUCCGUACGUAUUAAUUAAUUAAUUAAUGUUAUGUCAUUGAUUGAUACUCGCAAAUAAAUUAGUAUUCUUAGAAAUAGUUAAUUCGAUUUCUCAGGGUGUAUUAACAAUUUUAAUACCUGUAACCAUACAGUAAUGGACCACAUGUAGCUCAGAAAAUAGAUUAUCAGAUCUUUUUAGCUUUAUUUUGAACAUUUUUAUACUAUCAUCGUAAGAUAAUUAAUGUGAAAUAUGAUAUAAUAUGAAAUAAUAAAUUCUCUAGGAAUAGUUUAGUUCCAUCGAAUUGUAGUGUGAAACGGAAAUACACAGUCAUAAUAAAAAACAUACUUCUGAACCAAAAACUAAA